AUGGGGUGGAGGUCUUUUUUUCUUUUUUCCUUUCUUCUUCUUCUUUUUUUUUUUUUUUUUUUUUUUCUUGCAUGCAAGGAUGACUUGUCUAUUAUUUUUUUAAUUUUAUUAUUUUAUUAUUAUUGUUAUUAUUAUUAUUAUUAUUUUUUCAAUAUCUUUUUUGUUGUUUUGUGUGACUGGCAAGGAAUGCGUUGUUGGGUGGCUGCCGCUUCCCUGCAGAAGGGAUUUGACCAUUUUUGUUUUACGCCACGUGCUUUUUGGACUCGAGGAGUUUUGUCUUCCCUGGCGGAAACGUCGUGUUUUUAUCCGCGGCGGCGUCGUAUUCGACAUGUGCCUUUCUCUCCAUCUGCGCGGGUGCUGCAGAACAGCUGCCGGGGGUUCACCUCGACGUCUGCUGCCACCAUGCGGUUUGAAGGGAUUGGAAGAAACAGGCAGAAGCCCGCCGUGAGGGAAUGGGACGAGCAUGGAACGGCGAAAGUGCAGCAGUCAACAGAGACAACAGACACGGCGCUGCGGGAGAUUGAAAGUGCCAUCUCUGCGCUUAGGAAUGACAUCUUGCGGCAAUACAGUGACGUCUUUAGCUUUUUGCCGUCCGCCGACCAUCGACACUCGAUGGUCAUGCUGCUCGGCAACCACAGCGCAGGAAAGUCAACCAUCAUUAAUUAUCUUCUCGGUCGUGCCGUGCAACGGACCGGGGUUGCACCGACAGACGAUGGAUUCACCAUCAUUCAGCGUGGCGACCGGGAUAGUGAAGAGGAUGGUCCCACGAGCCUCAGCGACCCGCGGUACCAGCUUCAGGAUCUACAGAAGUUUGGUAUGCAUUUUGUCCACCGGUUCAAGGUCAAAACGCGGCAGUUACCGCCCUCGUCAAACGUCCCAUAUGGACUGAUGAUUGUGGAUACACCUGGAAUGAUUGACACCCCAGUCCACGUGAAGGACCGCACAUCAUUGGAGGGACAAUUGCGCGGGUAUGACUUUUUGGCGGCCACGCGCUGGUUUGCGUCUCGCUGCGACGUCAUUCUUUUGGUGUUUGAUCCGGCCAACCCCGGCACCACUGGAGAGACGCUCGAUGUCCUCACAAAAUCUCUCGCCGGAUUUGAGCACAAGUUCCUCCUCGUAAUGAACAAGGUGGACAUGUUUGACAAAGCGACGGACUUUGGUCGCUCCUACGGAGCCCUCUGCUGGAACCUCAGCAAAGUCAUUGAAAUGAAGGACAUUCCACGCAUCUACACCACUUUUAUACCAGUAAAGACCGCCGCAACCGAAGAAUUGGAGGCCACGACGCCGCUGGUGUCUUCAUUGAAUUUAGCGCCACUCGACUCAGCAACAAAAACAAUAGAAGAAUCAGCGGCGGUUUCGGUGGAAGAUAGGGUUGCAGUGGUGGCGAUGCAGGAGUUUGUGAGGGAGCGAAACGAGGUGAUGGAAGAGUUACUGAAGGCUCCGUUGCGCCGUCUUGACAACCUCAUCACGGAGACGGAGGAGGGCGCGAGACGGAUCCUACUCGCAGGCCGCGUAUGCAACGCGAUUCUUUGGAAGUAUCGUCAGAAACAAAUGAUCACGGUUCUUGCAUCAUCUGCCUUGUUGGGUUUGGGCGCAUUGAUCCUCACCGUUGGUGGUAUAAGUGGCACGACAAUGUCACUCGCCGGCAUCACCGUUCUCGCUGCCGCAGGAUCUCUUUACGGGUGCCUCGCCUAUUUAAAGCGCCUAGAAAGUGAGCUUCUCAACGACAGCGACGCAAUUUUUGAUCGGCUGUUUAUAGGGCGCGAGAAAUCGUUGGAUCUUCAGCUGCGCUGGAGGAACAUUGUGAAACCGGAGCUUUUGGACCUGGCGUCUUCGUCGGCGACGGCAGGGAGGGGCGUUAUUACAACCCUACCGACGCUCAGUCUGUGGGGACAAAAAAGCAUAACCUCCAUUUUGAAAAAUGACAUUCCUAGGCUUCGGCUGAGGGUGGCAGAUUACAAAAAUACACACCACAUCCGUGGCGGCAAGCAUCCAGCAUCCACGUAUUCGGGGAACCGUUAG